GAUGGAGCCAGCCAUCUUCACGGCCGAGCUGCGCAUCCGCCUGGGCAUUCCUGAAGCCACAGCCGACACAUGGAGACUUUGGCCAUUGCAGGCAGGGCAACUGGGGCUGCCGCUGCGGCGCGUAGAGGCCCACCUCCAGACUGCGCAGUGCGAAGCCCAGGGCAUCGUCUUUGUGCCCAUGGUAGCAGAGUCUACUGGCACGUGGGACAAAGGCGCAGCAGUUGUCCUCAAGCACAUUGCUCGGGCAGUGGCAGCGCGUACUGGGGG